CUUUGCAUCAAUCACACAAAUCAAAUUGUCAAUAAACUCUUCCAAAAAGAGUUGAAGGAUCACAAACUGUGUUACUUGUUAGUGUUUACAUUAAAAUGGUGAUCAAAAAAGAACUCAAGAUUCAAACAGAUUCAUUGAAAACAUCAUCAUCUUCUAUGAUCAACAAGAAGAAAUACAAAGGAGUUAGAAUGAGGACUUGGGGCUCAUGGGUUUCCGAGAUCCGAGCACCGAAUCAAAAAACACGAAUAUGGCUAGGAUCUUACUCGACCGCGGAAGCAGCAGCCCGAGCCUAUGAUGCUGCCCUACUUUGCCUAAAGGGUCCAACCGCGAAUCUCAACUUUUCAUGUGUCGAAUAUGAUCAUGACUAUUCCACAACCGUCAUGUCACCAAAAUCUAUUCAAAAGAUUGCAGCGGCCGCAGCUGCUAACACUGCCACCACUGCAUCAUCAUUAGUAUCACCAUCACCAUUAGUAUCAGCAUCAGUAUCAGCAUCAGCAUCAGCAUCACCAUCAGCAUCAGCAUCACCACCAUCAUCACCAUCACCAUCACUAUCACCAUCACCAUCAGUAUCAGUAUCAGCAUCAGCAUCAGCAUCACCACUAUCACCUUCGGAUUCAUCUUUAUCGUUUUCCACAAUGACACCGCCACUCACCAAUGUGGCCGAAGACGAAGAAACAUUGUUUUUGACAAAUGAUCCACUAGAUGGCACAUUGAUGUCAUUGGUUGCACCAUGGUACAACUUUGAUUCGCCAAGCUAUAGAGAUGUAACGUUUGAUAAGUCGUUUUUCGAGUUUGAUCAUUCUUUUUCGUCGAUCGCUGAAGAUGUUUAUGAAGAAGAAGAUGGUGACAUCUAUCUUUGGAGCUUCGGAAGAUAAAAAUUUUAUUUUUAUUCUUUAUGAUUCUUUUAUUGAUUGAUCUUCAAAUUGAAGAAACAUUUACUGACAUUAUUAUUAUUA